CAGAAUGUUUGCAACUUCAGGCUUUCGCCAUGUGCAAGCACUCCUCAACCUGCCAUCUUCGGCUUAACUGAAGCUAUCACACCAAAUAUGGUCGAGACGUCGAACUACAACGUACACUUAUACCCAGACGUCGACGCUCCUGUUGAUCGCAGACACGGCGCGGCGUAUGCAAAUGCCAAUGCACCUCCAUUGACAACGACCGAGUCGGAGCGUUGGCCACUGACAUCGGCAGCCCCACCGAUGUACACUCAGCCGGAUCCUCGCAAUGUCUACUACGUGCCUCCUUCCUAUGGUGAGCCGUCUCACGAGCGUCACUGCCACCACCACAGCUAUCACCACCACUGCCACGAACGUGGUGGUUGCAACGGCCAAGGAUUUAUCCUUUCAACAUUGAGGCUCGGACUCUUCCACGUACUCAACGCGCUUCUGGGUAUCUUCGCUUUCGUUGCGGUCAUCACUGGUGUGCACGUCGCUAUCGGGUUGAUCCCGCUGUGCUGCGUGGGUCUGUUGCUUUUCCGUGGCGUUGUGGUCUUGGUGCAGUGGCUGGCCAAACUGGACGUGAAGCUGAGCAACUACGUCGCUUCUUCUAGUGAUGAACGCGUUCUCGCGACCGACCAUGGCCAGCCACUUGGCGGGUUUGAGGGUCUUCGCCUCUCCCCGGAGUUGGCGUAUUUCUCGCCCGUGUCGCUGCUUGGUGCGCUCUACUUCUCGACAGUCAAGUUUGUCAUGAGCAUCGUGAGCCUUGUCGUCGUGUCGGUGUUUGCUUCACUGCCCAUGUUACUCGUUGCCUAUGGUAAUGACGACAACGACUGGCUCAUCAAAGUUCACCACCACAAGAUGGUGGACCUGCGCCAAUACCCACUCACGUUCUACGUCCUCUGGGGCUGCCUUUGCAUUCUCACUAUUGUGGCUAUGCAUGUGGUGGCGUGGCUCUCACGAGCCUUGACGCACUUCUUCUGCUGCGAACGAGUGUCUCCAUCAGAGUACACUAUUCCAAUUGUGCAGUACGCUGGGACCGCAGCUUCUGCUAACAUGUACGGCUCCAACAUCCCCGCCAACCGGACACAACUGUAACAAAGCCUCGAUGAACUUGCCACAGUAAAUAACGCGUAGCAAACGAUAUCCGUAGUAUGUAAUACAUUCAUAUGCAAACGAUGAAGCAUUAUCAGUGGAUAUUCACUCCAUUCCGACAGCGAUGCCGCG